UUCAGCUGUCAUUUCGUUUUUCUUUGAAGAGCGAAUCGAGGCCCCGGGAAAAGUAGGUCGUCAGUAUUGAUUUUUACCUAAUAUUCGACUAACAAAGACGUAAUCCAGCCUUGUGUUAAAAUAAAUAUAACACCGCGUAGUCUCGUCGAAGGAGAACGUGCAAAAUGCCAGACGCGGAGCUCGGCGCACCGACCGUCGAGAAUGUUCGAGUCUUUGUACGCGUGCGUCCCAUGGAUCAAAAAGAAAAGUUGGACGGGGCGUACAACUGCGUGUCAGUUGACUCCGUGAACGGCACUAUAGCGGUUACCAGGAACAACGUGAACCCUCCUGAGCCGCCUCGUAUAUAUGCCUACGAUGCCGUCUUCGACAGUAACACCACUCAGAUGGACAUCUACCUCCAAACAGCGAAUCCGAUCGUGGAACAGGUCCUCAAAGGCUACAAUGGCACUAUAUUCGCGUACGGUCAGACUGGCACUGGAAAAACUUACACCAUGGCUGGUAGUAACUCCGCGCCAGAACUACGAGGAAUCAUACCAAACUCCUUCGCUCAUAUAUUUAGCCACAUCGCCAAAGCGAAGGAUGACGAAAAGUUUCUCGUUUGCGUCACGUAUCUCGAGAUAUACAACGAGGAAGUCCGAGAUCUCCUCGGCAACAACCCUCAUCAGAGCCUGGAAGUGAAGGAAAGGCCGGAUAUUGGAGUAUUCGUUAAGGAUCUAACUGGAUACGUUGUCCACAAUGCGGACGAAUUAGAAAAAAUUAUGUCAGUGGGUAACAAGAACAGGCACAUCGGGGCGACCGCCAUGAACAUAGAGAGUUCGAGGUCCCACGCGAUCUUCUCCAUCACGGUCGAGAACAGCAAGCGUGGGGAAGACGGGAAGAUGCAUGUCAAGAUGGGGAAGUUGCAUCUUGUGGACUUGGCGGGAUCAGAACGUCAGAGCAAGACCCAAGCCACAGGAACGCGGCUCAAAGAAGCGACCAAGAUCAAUCAGUCCCUAUCAGUUUUAGGGAACGUAAUAUCUGCCCUAGUCGACGGGAAGUCGACCCAUAUUCCCUACAGGAACUCGAAACUAACGAGAUUACUGCAGGACUCUUUGGGAGGAAACUCUAAGACUGUUAUGAUAGCGACGAUCGGUCCCGCCGACUCCAACUACGUGGAGACGAUCAGUACCCUGCGCUACGCCAACCGCGCCAAGAACAUCGAGAACAAGACGCACGUGAACAGCGAGCCCGGGGACGCGCUGCUCACCAGAUUCCAACAGGAAAUUGAUCAGUUGAAGAAGCAAUUGGAAGAAAAUACGAACGAGAUAGAAGAAGAGGAAGAAGUAGAAGUAUCAGAAGAAGAAUUAUCAGAUGAAACUCUGACAGACCCCGAGCUGGACAUUCUAGACCCCGAGGAGAAGAAGAUGCGCAGGAAAAUAAGAAGAGAAGAGAAGGAAAAAAUAAACCGCGAAAAAGCCCACCAAGCGAGGAAGGUUCUCGAAGAGAAGAAAGCAGAACUGCAGAGAACUAAGAAGCAGCAGGAAGAGUUAAAAGAAAAGCUGCAACGUUUGGAGUCGAAGGUGCUGGUGGGGGGAGAGAACCUGCUGGACAAGGCCGACGCCCAGCGGAGACUGCUGGAGCACGCGGCGCGCGAGCUGGAGAUGAGGGAGAUGAACGAGAGGAGGCUGAGAGAGGAUCUACAGAAGAAGGAGGCCGAACGCUUGGACCUGGAGGAGCGCUACUCCAGCCUCCAGGAGGAAAAUGCAGCGAAGACUCGCAAGCUCAAGCGAGCGGUCCAACUUCUGAACUCCGCGAAGGCCGAGCUGGCGGACCAGCAGAGGGAACAGCAGCGGGAGAUGGAAGGCAUCCUGGACGGAGUGAGGGCCCUGAGGAGGGAGCUACAGCUGGCUGACCUGGUGCUGGACGCCUACAUUCCCAAGGAGUAUCAGGCGCUAAUCGAGCAGUACGUCCACUGGAACGAGCAGCUGGGCGAGUGGCAAGUCAAGUGCGUCGCCUACACCGGGAACAACAUGGCGCCGCGGGCCCCGCCCCCGCACGCCCACCCGGAACCCCCCGACCUGUCCGACCGCUACUUGUCCUACAGUAGCGCUCGUACGAGUCGCCUCGCGCGACCUCUGUCCGCCGUGCCGCGACCACACACUGCAAGGCCCACGCGCUAGAUCUAGACCUAGACUGAGACCUGGACCUAGGCCGUAUCAGGUUUCCGCGAUCACACCUGCCACUACGCCUACACCGUCUACUCCUAGGUCUAGACUGAGACUUAGAUCUAGACUUAUAACUUAGACUAAACAUCACAAUAUCACAUUAGAGCUGAUUUUAGCACCAGUUUUAAAAAUUAGAAAUUGCUAGUAACUUGCUUCUGUAUUCAGCUUUACUAGGUAUUUUUAUUCAACUAUAAUUGCCAGUAUUCUAAAAUAUAUAUUUUGAUUGCUAAGUUUAAAAAAAAUGAUUUUUUUUAUAUUUUUAAUAAAUUUUAAAAAUUAUUUUCUGAAAAAUGUAAUCUAGUUUUAGCACUUAUAUUCUAUUAAUGAUCUCUCACUUACGAUUUUGUUACAUUUAAAAUGAAAAAAAAAAAACAGUAUUAUUUGCUUGUU